CAAACCCUGGCGAAUUGGUUCUCGAAGCAUGGGCAAUGGGCUACCUUGUGGGGUCACUCGUGAUUAUGGGCUUCAUCACUCUUGCCAACAUGCGAAGAGGUGUAUUAUUGCACAAAUUAAUUUUACUUGAAGUGGGUUGUGUUGCCGCGUAUGAGGCCUCCAGCUAACCAAGCAACAGCUCGUCAUGGGUCUCUGGCAAGGCUUAUAUCUCUUCUUCAACAGCCCUGUACAUGCGUGGUGGUUAUCCGUAUCCGCCAUCUUCUUGAAUGCUUCGUGGUCGCUGCAUAACGUCAUUGCCUGGAUGAAAAUAAAGCCUUUCCUUUCGAAGCCUGUCAGCUAUACCUUCAUUGGUACUGUCAUCUUAGUACAACCCUACUGGAUAGCCGAGAUUUACGCCAAUUUUUCUUACUUCCACGGCGUCAACACUAUCUUCCUCAAAACAAGACCUUGGGAAGCACUCUGCCGGGACCCUUGGUGGAUCAUUACCACUGUCUACCUAUUCUGGAUCAUCAAGACACAGUAUGAAAUGGGAUUGAAGGAGAUACUCCGCAUUUCACCACGCUUUGCCAUCAUGCUAUUAGCCAUGAUCAUGUCUAUGGUCUUUAUUCUUCUCGACAUUCUCUGCGUUACUGGUGCCAUCCGAUUCGUGGGACUGGCCACUGGCAUUAACCCCUUCUGGAAAUUAGCGUUUGUGUUCAAGUGCUUGACGGAUUCGGUCGUUUUAGAUGAUUUUAAGAUGGCUCUGGAUCGCCUGCGAGCGUUCAAGAUCAGUCGACUAGGCAGUUUCUCUGGCGACAUGAGCGAUAGCCGGAACAGGAACAACGGCGAGCUCGUAGCGACGUGGGAAGAGAUGGAAAGAGAGGCGAACACACUCCAGCAGGUGCGGAGUCCAGACGGUGAUUACAUCCACUCCAGCAACUUCCCUUGCAAGCCAAGGAGGCACCGCAAGCCGAAAGACUCGAUAUUUUCCAACGAUCCCAUCGACCCAAAUGCUGGCAUGUCGCCAGAAGACACGGUUUCUAGUGCAUUGGAUGACACGCCAAUGCGAACAUUAGAACUCGCACACACCGACAUGAGGAAGCCGCAGCACCACUUCAUGGACGACCUGGAUAGCCGAACUCGUGGUAUGACUGCAGAAACAGACUACGCUGCAGCAUUACGAGAAGUGCAGCGCAACAGCAGGACGUCUGUGCCGUCGAGCAGCAGCUCUUCCGGGCGAGCUGCACCGCCAGGUCCAAAGCAAAGUUGAGAACCUUUCUCACGAUUGAUGAUUUAGCGAUUGCGUGAUUGGCGUUCUGAUCAAAACCACCGGACUUCGGUUUGCUUUAGCACUAUAUACCCCUACGGCGCUGCUCGACACCUGUGGCACGCCCUAUCAGUACUAGCAUCCAUUUACUUGUAGUAAUUCCAACGAGCCUGAGGCAUUUGCGUCCUCUUGGCAUCUCACAUACGCAUGCGUAACCACCUUUCAUUUUCCAUGCUCCUGUACGUCACUCGUCCGGAGCGCCUCACGAAAGCGUCCUCAAAAUCUUGGCUGUACGUUCGAAUGUGCAGUUUGGCGUCACGAAACCCGUGCAUCCAUGCGUCGAUCGUUCCUUGCCCCGAU